AUGAAUCGAAUAAAUUCGUUUUUAAUUUUUUUAAGAAAUACAACUCAAACAAAUUAUUUCGUUACAUCCCUCAAUACAAAUUAUAUUGUUAAAGCACAAUUAGCAUCAGGUCAAUCUGUUGUGGCCAUAGCAAAUCAAGUUUUAUAUCCUUCUAGAAGUGAUACAAAACUCUGUAGUAAUGAAAAUUUAAUUGCAAAUGCAACACUUUCUUUAUUUCAAAAUCAUUUCAUUGACAUUAAUCGAAGAGAACAAAUGGAACCAAUGAAUAAUUCCAUAAUUGUUAAAGGAUUUUAUAUAGGAUGUUAUCCAGUUGAAGCAAUUCUUCAAAGUACUUUAGAUUGUUUAUAUGACAUUGAUUGUCUUCAGUUAUUAACAAAUUAUUUUCCGAAACUUCAACACAUAAAUUUCAAUCCAAAUAAUUCAGUUUUAUUAACAAAACAUAGGAACAUUUCAGUGAAUGAAUAUUUCAAUGAAUUUUUUAUUUUUAAUUGGUCAAAAGAAAUUAAUCAUGAAAAAUAUUUUAAUCAAUGUUUACCAUUUAAUUGUACAUACUUUAUCAAACAUGCAAUGAAACUAUCAUAUGGAAUUACACUUUUUAUUAGUCUCUAUGGUGGUCUCAUUAUUAUACUUCGAUUUAUUUCAUCAUUCAUGAUUGAAAGUUUUAUUCAUCUUCAAGUUACAAUUGUUGUUCUUUGCUUAUUUACAUCGUUAAAAAGUGAAAUUGUGACAAUAAUUGAGCGAAAUCCGUCGUUUGAAAGAUACAAAUCAUUAGAAAUAUCUUAUUCGUCAAAUCUUCGAUGUUCAUGUUCAAAUGAAACAAUAUCUUAUAAAAAUUUUCUUUCAUUAUCUCCGCAUUUUCAUCCAAUAUGUUCAAGUAGUUUUAUAAGUUCCGAAUGGAUUUUAAAUAUGAGAGACAAUGACCGAGGUCGUAUAUCUGAUGAUUGGAUAUACUAUUCCUCAUCAUUAUUUCAAUAUUUAUCUGAUUUUUGUAAAUUAUCAAAUAAAACAAUUGACGAAUCAAUGAAUCGAUAUCUUUCGCAAUUGUUUUUCAUUUCUUCAUUAAUAAAUGAAAAUGAUUUUCAAAAACAAUUUAAUACAAGUUUAAAUCAAUUUUAUCGAUCAACACUUUCUAAUUUUGCCUUGAUAAUCAAUGUCAUAAAUCUUCAUUUGAAAGUUGAUCAAUACUAUACGGGAUCACAUGCAAGAAUUGUACAUAAUUUAAAUAUAAAUUUGUUUGGAAAUGUUUCAAUGAAUUCAAUAAAAUUGGCUCAGUUCAAAUUUCAUUUAAAUGGAAUUGCCGAAUUAAAUUCCACAAAAGUUCAAUGCAAUUGUGUUGAAAAUCCAUCUUGUCAAAUUCCAGCGGCCAUCUACUAUUCUGGAAGUGCAUUUUUACCUGGUAAUAAUAAAAAAAAUCUCUUUUAUCAAAUCUCCGGCUGGAUUCAAGGAUGUCUUAUCAUUGAUUCGCUUUUUCUUUCAACGUUGGAAUGUUUAUAUGAAAAUUCGGAUUGUUUUCCCCUUUUAUUAAGCUUUAUUGAAAAGAAAAGAAAAUCUUUAAAUAAUCAAUCAGAUGUAUUUCAACCAUUGGUUUACAAUCCCCAAACUGAUUUUUUUUCUCCUCAAACAAAAAUUUCUGAAUUAUUUGUGAAAAUGUUGGUCGAUCGAUGGAAUUCGUUGAUUUCAUAUAAACUAUUCUAUGACUCAUGUUCACCAUCGUUGUGUACUUAUUCAAAAGAAAUUCCAAAAGAAAAUAUUCUUGGAAUAAUUAUCAAAUUAAUAUCAACGAUUGGAGGAAUCGUCGGUGCGUUGAAAAUCUUCACUCCUUAUCUUGUUAAAUUUAUCGUGAGACUCUCAAAAAUAUGCAACAUCAAACAAGAACCAAAAGAACCAGCUCAACGAAGUACAAUGAAAAUGGAAAUAAAAGAUUUGAUUAGAACGAUUCGGAAAAUAUUAAUUGAAUUGAAUUUAUUCUCGUUUCGUGAUUUCGGAAGUGAUCUUGAUCGAAUAAAAGCGAAAAAUUAUGGUCAAUGGGCAACUCGUCUUUAUCUUCUCCUAUAUUUGCUUUCCUUUUCUAUUCUUAUCUUCUACACACUUAUUCAACCAAAUGUUGUUAUCGAAGCAUUUCCAAAACCAUCAUUGGAUUUAUAUAAAAACUUGAAAAAUCGCCAUGGAAAUCAAUUAAAAUGUUCAUGUUCAAAAAUCGCAUCCAGUAACAAUGAGUUUAUUGAAAUUAAUUCAAGAUUUCAUUCGAUUUGUUCAAAUGAAUUUAUCACGAAAAAAUGGCAAAUUGAUUUGUCAAGUUAUUCUUUAAAAGAUUAUCGUCGAUAUUUGUUAUCGCAUUUCCAAUAUCUUCGCGGAUUAUGUGAAAUCUCACAAGAAUUAAUAAAUAAUUGGAAAAAUGAACUGUCAACGUCAUUAUUAAUCACAAUUGAACUUCUUUCCAAAGAAGAUUUUUCAAAUUAUUUUCAAAAUUUAAUUGAUCGCAACAAACUUUUCUCGUCAAUCAAAUUUUCUCGUUAUUUAAAUCUUAUUCAAAUAAUCAAUCACGGAAAUUCAUUGAUUACAACAUUUGGAACAAAUUAUCAAUUUAUUUCUUUAAUAUUAAAUGAAAAACAACAAAAUUAUGCAUUUACAAAAGAAGAAAUUUAUGAUAAAAACUGUUCGUGUGGAAUCGAUCCAAGUUGUACUAGUGACGCGAUGUUUAUUGAAAAGAAUUUGUCAAUUCCAAUUCAAGGAUUGAAAAUCGGAUGUUUACCAAGUGAAUCAUUUCAUUUGUCAACACUUGAAUGUUUCUAUAAUCAAUCAUGUCUUGAUCUUCUUUCAAAAUGGACAAAUUCUACCAACUCAUUAAAACCAUUAUCAAUUGAAUCAACUCGUUUUAGUUUAAAUACAACAAUCAACGAAUUUAUCGAAAAUUUCUUUGUGGAACAAUUGUCAAUUGAAAUGAAUUAUUCAUUAUAUUAUCAUCAAUGUUUCCCUUUGUUAUGUUCGAUAAAAUUCAUUGAAAAAUUUCAUGUAUUUUAUUUGAUAACACUUUUUAUUGGACUUGAAGGUGGUUUAACAAUUGGGCUAAAAUGGCUUUCUCCAAAAUUAAUUCGAUUUUUACUUCAAUUGAAAAGAAAACAAGCAACACAAAUUCAUACAGAAAAUUCGUUAAAUCUUAUUCGAAUUUCCUCAUCUCGACAUUGUUCAAAGAUGAUUUUUCCAAUUUGCUUUCUUUUAUUUCUCAUUGGAAUUCUCAUUCUUUUUUCAUUUUAUUAUUCUCAGCACAUUUCACAAUCAACUCGAACAACAACUAAACAUUUCAUAUCGACAACAAGUUUGUUACCAUCAACAUCUUCGGUUACGUCAAAAAUUCCAUGUCGAUCAAAAUUCGAACAAAUCACAAUAAAUAUUUCAUGUUCGGAAGCAAUUUUAUUAUCAAUUGAAAAUUUUAAUAAUGAUAAUCAAUCGGAUUUGAUUAUUUCACAUUAUAUUCAACGAAAUCCACAUUUAACAGUUCUAUUAGCAAAUCGUAAUGGAACAUUUCAAGAUCAAAAUCUUCUUUCAAUGAAAAUCAAUGAAACUCUGAGAGAAAUGAAAAUUAUUGAUGUCAAUAACGAUCAAAUAUUGGAUCUGAUCAUAAUUGUUCAGCGUGAGAAAAAUAUUUAUGUUUUAUUAGGAAAUGGAAAUGGAAGAUUUGCAUUGGAUUUGAUUUUAUUCGUUCGAGCGAAUUCUGAUUUAAAAGGCUUAGAUGUUAUUCAUCUAAAUGAUGAUAAUUAUCUGGAUAUUAUCGUCAAUGAUCAAUCUUCGUCACAUUUUCUGAUUUUUUAUGGGAAAAGUAAUGGAACAUUUCAUAAUUUACCCAAAUGGAUUUUUACAAGGGUUGAUGGAGAAAUGUCGACAGUGAUUACAGGAGAUUUUAAUAAUGAUUUUCGAUUGGAUGUUGCUUUUGUUUAUGAAUUAAAUGGUUUCAAUUAUUUGAUUUAUCAAAAUAACAAUCAGAGUUUUGAUAUCAAAGACAAAAAUAUGAUAACAUCUGUUCAAUAUUUUAAUUUAGUUCUUGUUGAUGAUAUUAAUAAUGAUAACUAUUUAGAUUUGAUUGUUGAUUUCCUUCUUCCAUAUGAAAUUUAUAUUUUAUUUGGAGAUGGAAAAGGAAAAUUUAUUGAAGAAAAAUUUUAUUCAAGUGAAUUUCGAGAUAUGAAUGGUUGGAUUAAUAUUAAUGAUUUUAAUUAUGAUCAUUAUCAAGAUAUUAUUUCGAUUAACAAGGGAGCGAGUUUAAUUAACCCAUUCAGGACGGGUGGCCACUAUAGUGGCCACUGA